AUGAAGGUCUUCGAGAAGGAAACCGACCGCAAGGCAAAUGCCCAUAUAUUUGCGUUAGGUAGGGUCAAAGAGCUGGAAGAGUACGGUCAGUACGUAGAUCCGGUCGACAAGGCCCUUUGCUGCUAUGUCCCAGUUGAGGAGGGCAUGGUAGUCAAGGUUGGAGGGCGGUUCACAGGAACGACGCUCAACCUGGGGUACGACGUGGUGGUUGACGGGGUCUACCGGCACUCACACACCUACCUUGGCAGGUCCGUCUCCUUGCAGAAGAACAAGAAGCUCGACUUCGAGACUUUCCUGUACCAGACUUCUGACGGGGUCAUCGACACUGAGAUGAAGGUCGCUCCAUUUACACCGAUCAUGACAACACCAGUAAAACAAGCACCGGAGACCAUCGGCACUCUUGAGUUGCGCAUCUACGUGCUCCGGAGCUUCGGCGAUGAGCACACUCUCGGAGACGUGCAAACUUACUACAAGAUCAAUGAUGAUGCUGAGGACGAGUCUGAGGAGUUCCCGACCUACAGGGUGAUCGCCCCCGAUUUCCGCAUGACCUUCGAGACGAAUUGCGCUGCUCUCGACAAGCCCAGGGCGACCCGGGAGAAGAAGAAGAUGGACUCGAAGCGCCCCGGAAAGGAGCCAUGGGCGAUCCUUCGUUUCCAUUACCAGAAUACUGACAAGAUGGCAGAGUCGAUUGAAGCCAAGAAGCUGGAGAUGACGCACGAACCCGGCUCAAAGGCAAAGACUGAACAUCACCAUCUCGAGCUUGAACCAGUUCCGCCGCUCCGGGUAGGCGCCAUACCUGCCAAAGCAGAGGAUGCAGAUUGCUCCUCGCGGUCAUCAACUCCUGCACCUACACUCCCCUCCACGCCGGCCAAGAUCCCCAUCGCUCAUAUGGUCCCAGCCACGCCAGCCAAACGCCCCUCCGACCUCAAGAUCCCCAGCUCUCCCGAGCCAAAGCGCGCCAAAGUCUCCCCAAUUCCCGCUCCAGUUCCCGCCUCCCCCACGACGUCUACCGCUUGUCCCGGACCGAAGAAGCUCAGCCUAGCCGUCAAGAAGCGCAAAGAGAUCGAAAACCUCAAGAAGGGGCGCGAGGACAUUGCACGAAAGCGCGCGAUUCGGGACGCAAAAUAUUCCGCGGAAAAGCAGCAGAUGAAGGAGGAGAUGGAGCGCCUUGAUCGCGAGUUUGAGGAGGAGAAGCGGGCGCUGGCCGAGGAGAAGGCGCAGUAUGAGGAGGAGGAGGCUAUGCUGCAGGAGUUUCUGAGUGAGAGGAACGGCGAUUGA